AACUCCACCAUAUGCCAGUAGGGCUGAAAUGCGGUUUACCGUUACAGAACUUGAGAAUCUUUAUCGAGGUCUCCAAUUGAGAGGAUCGGAAUGUUUGCUGCAUUCUGAACUGAGACGAGAAAAGUAACGGUUCAAAUACACACGAGUGUCUGAUCACAUUGCGUAUGUAGUCGGCCCACUAAGGAAGUUUCACACAGCUUUCUGGUGGAUUCCGCCAGACAGUCGUCACCAGUUGGGAGGGAGGUGGGGGGGUUGAUAGGGCUGUGCUACGUUAGCAACAGUCAUUCCAUCGCAGAGCCUCUUGUUUGGCUGGGCCUCUCGUCAGCCCUAGUUUGUGAGGAGAGACGGAAUUGCGAGCAGCGUUGCAGCAGCUGGCCAGGCUAUCUCUGCCAUUUUGUUUGAAUCCGGUCAAUUUCGGACCAGGCGCAUCCGCACGAGGAGUUUGCAACAACAACAACGGGACAAUGACUUGAACUGGACUGUGGUUCAAGCUUGGGACUUUUGUAUAUGAAAUUACAAUACAAGCGUACCUGACGGGUUGCCAUACAGUGCUGAUGCCAACUGAUCAAGAAUGUGCUCAAUGAACCAUCCCAACUGGGUCACCUUUGAGGACGAGGGAAGCCCCGUCUCCUCACCUCCGAAGCAGCCGCAGACCUCAUCGUCCACCCCCAGGUCCUUACCUCGCCCCAAUGGCUUAAAGCUGGUGCUCCCACCCUUGGGAGAUCAAUCAUGGAGCUUUACCGGUGCCCUUGAAUCUCCUCAGGUACACUCUGGCCUUAAUGGCAGUAAUUGUGUCCCCAGUAACACUCCCAUGUGCACACCUGUGAGGGAGACUCCGACUGGUGCAUCCCCUUUCAACUUUGGUCCUCGGGGACAACCAGACUUGUUCUGCAGUGCUUCCAGCUCCCCGUCUACUGUCUUAUCUUCCUCAGGCCUGGGUCAAAGUUCAACAAACCCCACCUCAGAGAACUCCAGCCCUUUCCCUUUGUUCCAAGAUGACCCAGGGCACUGUAAUCCUUUCUGGGGGGGGGACCCGACCAGCCACAACGCAGAGUCAGGUAGCUCUUCGUCAGAUUCCGAGUCCGGCUCGAGUUUGCCUCGCUUCUUCAUCAGGACCAAGGAGGGCUAUGAGCCGCCCCCUGCCGCUCAUCUUCAGAGUUCCUACUCGUACAUUUGUCAUAAACUCGAGCGUUUACGUGCCGUAGGAGACGCGGAGGAGGAGGAGGAAGAAGAAGCGGAGGAGGACAGUACGAGAACAGAGCCAAGCGUGGAAGAGGAGAGAGACGAGGGACGAACUGCAGGGAAGUCUCUGCUUUUCGUUCCUCAGGGAUUGUUUCGUAGCCAGCGGAGACACGGCUGGCCACUGAUGUUGAGGAUCCCGGAGAAGAAGAAUCGGAUGUCUUCCCGUCAGUGGGGCCCCAUCUACCUGCACCUGUUGCCUGGAGGAGUCUUGCAGCUCUACUACGAGAAAGGCUUGGAGAAACCCUUCAAGGAGUUCCAGCUCCAGCCCCAGUGCCGCCUCUCGGGGCCCAAACUGGAGAGCUACGGCGAGCCCCGCAAGAUCCACACGGUGAAGAUCGAGCACGUGACUCACACCGAGCGCAAACGCUACCACCCCAAGCCCGACGUGACUCACGAGGCAGAGGUGGAACAGCUACUGAAGUUUGGCACCACGGACAACUCCGACAUGGAGGACCUUAUGGUGGCUCUGGAGGAAGAGCUGCUGAGGCUACCACCCCCACAACAACCCAGAAAACACUACGAGGAGCAGGAGAUGUCGUUGCAGAUCGCCGACGACGUCUGGGUGAAGCUGGAUAAGGACGGGGCCACACUGGAGCGGGCGGCCGUCACACGGAUCCACUGUCUGGCGUUCCUGAACGCUCCGGGAGAGUGUUUCAUGGCGCUGAAUGACGAGAAGCUGCUGCUGAGAGACUCCAGCUACGGGUCCGAAGGAGAGGACAGCGUUUGGAUGGAAAUCGCGGACUGUCACUUCCACAGCUGCGUGAAAGAAGAUGAGUUCCACAACUCACGACUGGUGAAGUUCUCACCUCCGGACGCUUGCAGAGUGGAGCUGAUGCGCUACAAGACAAGGUCGUUUGGUUGCAGUGACCUCCCCUUCUCCAUGAAGGCCUUAGUUACUGUCCAGGGCGCUUAUGUGGAGCUGCAGGCCUUCCUCAAUAUGUCCUCUUCGUUCCCAUCCGUAGGAGUAGCAGCUGAGUGUCAGCCUCUGUGUGAGAAUGUGAUGAUCCGGGUGCCUGUGCCUGGGGACUGGAUUAAGGUGUCCCGCACGGUCUCCUUGCUACGGCAGAGGUCCCUCAAGUCUCGCAUGAACAGAAACACCUGCCUGGGCUCUGUCAAUAUGCCAGAGUCUCAUCCGGUCAUGCAAGUGUCUGUUGGCACUGUCAAGUAUGAGAAUGUAUAUGGGGCAAUUGUGUGGAGGAUUGACAGACUACCUGCUAAGAAUAUGGCACUGAACCAUCCACAUUCCUUCUCCUGCAAGCUGGAGCUCGGGUCCGACCAGGAGAUCCCAACUGACUGGUACCCCUUCGCCACCGUGGAAUAUGAUGUUGCUGAUGUAGUUGUGUCCCAAACGAGGGUCCGUUCUCUUGGCACGGAGAGUGACAUUCAGCCACAGAAGCAUGUGAGCAGUAGAGCUUACUAUCACUGCCAGUGCAAACUUUAUCUUUCUGUUAUCGACGAUGUCAUCGAAAAUGUACGAGAGACGUUUCUUGACGAAGGAGUGGAAGAGGGUGUCCUGAACGAACUUCGUCAGUUGUGGGUGUCAAGAGUCAUGCAGUCAAAAGCAGUGGAGGGUUUCCGUAAGGAUACCGUAAAUCCAUCGAAGUUUGUGCUUCAGCUUCCAGCCAACUACACGCAAACCCUCCAAAAACAGCCUGCCUCAAUCAUCCUCCCACCUGGACAGAAUGUGCAGAACUUUACAGCUAAGGCGAGCAGUGCUGGUGCUAUCGCUACCUUCUCUCUUCCACCUGGAGUAACAUAUCCGGUUCACAUCCCAGCCGGAGUCACGCUGCAGACGGCCUCAGGUCAUUUUUACAAAGUAAACGUACCCGUUGUGGUGACCCAGGCCCCAAGAGCCAAUCGCGUGUUCCCUCAGCCCGCUGCACAGCAACAGCAGGCCCCUCCCGCUCCACCCAAGCCCCAGCCAGCCCCCGGCAAAGCCCACACCACCACCAUCACCAUCACCACUACCCGCCAAGCACCCAUUCAAACCUCUAACAAGAUGGCUGCCCUGCCCACAUCCACUGCCCCUGUGCCCCAGCCCAAUGGGUCCGCCACUCAAGCAGGCCAGCAACCUCAGAACCCCCAGAAGCCCCAGAAGCCCCAGAAGCCCCCGGCACCUGUGGGUCAAAGCCUCGCGGCUCCAGUCCCGCACCCAGCCCCGCUGCCUCCCGUGCCUCUUCAGCCUGCCGUGCCUCUUCAGCCUCCCGUGCCUCCUCAGGCAGUGCCGGAGAGCCCUGGGGACUUCACCCUGGACGGCAUUGAGUUCAGCCCUCAUGGGCUGGAGGCGCCCUUCACCCCUUCCCCUGGGGUGCACAUCAAGCAGGAGCAGGGGCCACCACCGAUUGGCUCUAAGGCGGGGGAGGGCAUCGGCGCGGCCGUGGACACACCUGAUAAAGAGGUGAAGGAGGAGGCUCCCGAUGGACUGCCUGUGUCAGAUGGCACAGCCUUCUCCAGCCUCGGGAGCCAACUGGAUGAAGCCAUUAAGAUGGAACUCAUGAGGGACUUCGACUACAACGGGUUGGAGGACAUCGUGCAGCUGGACGGGGCCUGUGACGGCACUUCUGACGAGGAGGAGGUGGACAUCGGAGGGCCGGUGGGAGAGAACGACUUCCUGGGCAUGAUCAGCGCAGAUGCCCUGCACGUCCUGGAGGAGGAGGGCGGCACGGACGACAGCAGCACCUCGGGCAGCGACAUGGAGAAGGAUGAGGAGGUGAUAGAGGAGCAGGACCCCUUGAACUCAGGAGAUGAUGUGAGUGAGCAGGACAUCCCGGAUCUUUUCGACACAGACAAUGUCAUUGUUUGCCAGUAUGAGAAGAUUCACCGCAGUAAGAACCGCUGGAAGUUCAACCUGAAGGAUGGAGUCAUGUGUUAUGGGGGAAAGGAUUAUGUUUUCUCCCGGGCCAUUGGAGAGGCAGAGUGGUAAGGGUUCAUGGAAGAGGUCACCACGGCAACAACACCAGCAAUAGACCAUUGUUUUGAAAGUGUGAGAAAAAAAUGAACCGGAAAAUAAACCGAAAUUACGAAAAUGUUCUAACAUGCUCUAGCUCGAGAAGCCUUAAAAGUAGAGUUUUCUGACGUCUUGUAGAUGGACUUUGACUGACUUUAUUUACGUAUUAUUUCCUUGAACUUGUAUUUUGUUAAGUAACAUUUAUUUAUUUAUUCAUUAUUAUUUAUACUCCAGGGAGCUCACACUCUGUAUAUGCACUGACCUAUGCUCUGCAUUAUGUCAUUUAAACACAGCAGUCCUGAUUGAGAUUCAUAUGAUGAAUGUUUAUUUGUGUACGUUUUGUUUGGUUAUUUAUUUAUUUAUUUGAGGUGUAGCUCCGCUGUCAGUAAAUGUGAUU